AUGAAGGAUUAUGAUGAAACCACAGCCUUCCUGGGUCAUUGGGGACAUUUCCAGCAGGCUGUCUUCUUUCUGCUCUGUGCCAGCACUAUCCCCAAUGGACUCGGAGUGUUAUCCAUCGUCUUUGUGGCUGCCAUUCCCAGUCACCACUGCACGGUUCCUGAAGUCAACCUGACUCAAGCUUGGCAUAAUGCCACCAUACCAAUACAGGUGGUGAAUGGGAAACAGGAGCGGAGCAAAUGCAGCAGAUACAGGCUGGAUGUGGUCCGAAAUCUUUCUGCUCAGGGAUUCAUUCCUGGUAAGGACAUCAACCUCACUGACCUGGAGCAGGAGAGCUGUCUGGAUGGAUGGAGCUACAGCACUGCCAUCUACCAAUCCACCAUAGUUUCUGAGUUUGACCUGGUGUGCAGUGAACAGUGGAAGCAGCCGUUCACCUCCACACUUUACUUCAUUGGAGUUCUUGUUGGAUCCUUCUUCUCAGGACAGCUCUCAGAUCGAUUUGGAAGGAAGCCUGUAUUUUUCGCAACCAUGGCAGUACAGACCAUUUUCUCCUUUGUUCAAGUUUUCUCUCCUUCAUGGACGGUAUUCUCCAUCUUCCUCUUCUUCAGUGGUUUGGGACAGAUUGCCAACUAUAUUGCUGCUUUUGUCCUAGGUACAGAGAUCUUGACGGGCAAUGUGCGGGUCCUGUACUCAUCCCUGGGUGUGUGCCUGUGUUUUGCCAUUGGCUACAUGAUGCUGCCACUCUUUGCUUACUUUUUAAGGGACUGGAGAUCUCUCCUGAUGGCUGUCGCUCUGCCUGGACUGCUCUACAUCCCCCUCUGGUGGCUCAUCCCAGAGUCUCCUCGGUGGCUGCUCUCUCAGGGGAAGGUGGAGGAGGCUGAGGCCAUAUUGAGAAAUGCUGCAAAGAAGAACAAAGUUGAGGCUCCACAGGUCAUCUUUGAGGAAUACCAUGUAAAGAGACACCACAGUGUCUUGGACCUAAUAAGGACCAGCAACGUCAGGGCCACAACACUGAUUCUCUGCCUGGUGUGGUUCACUCUGAGUACUGGCUAUUUUGGCCUGUCUCUGAACACAUCACAACUCAGUGCUGACCCCUAUAUCAGCUGUUUCCUCUCUGCAGCUGUGGAGGUGCCUGCAUACCUUUCCAGCUGGCUGGCACUGCGAUAUUUUUCACGACGACUGUCUGCUAGUUGUACAGUUUUCCUGGGAGGAGUAGCUCUGUACUUCAUUCAGCUGGUGCCUGAAACUUUACCAGCGUUGUCUGUUGCACUGGAAAUGGUAGGUAAAUUUGGCUUUACUUGUGGGACAGCCAUGAUGUUUGCCUACACAGCAGAGCUUUACCCAACAGUGCUGAGAAACACUGCAACAGGGACAUGCACUACAUUUUCCAGAGUGGGCAGCUGCACUGCACCUUUUUUGCUACAGCUGAGUACAUACUUUAAGUAUCUGCCUUAUAUUAUUUUGGGGACUCUGGCUAUUGCAUCUUCCUCUGCCACUCUCUUCCUACCAGAGAGCUAUGGACGACCUCUUCCUGAAACUAUUGAACAGAUGCAUAAGAGAGAAAGGAUGAAGUGUCCCUGCUUCACUCAAAAAGAAACACCAAAAGCUGUGGUGCUUUACGAAAGUCAACUGUAG